AUGGAACAGUUCGUGGAGGAACAACUUAUAGUGAUUGAUGAGUACAACACAUGUCGAGGGGUCAGCGAUGGAGAAACAUACCAGAGCCAUUCACAAAUGAUGUUUGUUGAUCCUGCCUCUGGUGAUCUUCCUGAGUGCACAGAUGUUAUCCCACAACUCAAAGACAGAAUACUUGAAGCCAUUGCUGAGCACAAAGCAGAAGUUGAACAGAGUCAGGAAUUAAUAGCACUGCAAGGAGAGAGCAAGAUCCAUAAUGAUGAAGUAAUUAUGACAUGUGGUAUGUGUCCUAUGGUUCUGGCUUUUCUCACCAAAGCUGCAAAACGAAGAAAAUUCCAUGUUAAUGGUCGCCUGAGUGUGCACCAAGGUCAUCUUAUGGCAAAAUCCUUGUGUUCUGCUGGUAUCCAGACAACCCUCAUUCAAGAUUGUGCAGUGUUUCCCAUGAUGUCUCGUGUUAACAAGGUGAUCAUUGGUACUCAAACUGUCUUAAGCAAUGGUGGCAUCAAGACCUUUGUCGGCGCUGCUCCUUUAGCCUCAGCAGCAAAGUUUUACUCUGUUCCGUUAUAUGUCUGCACUCCAACCUACAAGUUCAGUCUGGUGAGCAGCGAGGAAGUGAAUCACUAUGGCAGUAGAAACGAUGUUGUUCCCCCCACUGCUGACAUACCUUUUUUUGUCAAUGUGGUGAUGGCAAAGUUUGAUUAUGUUCCUCCAGAAAAUGUUACUAGCUUCAUUACUAACAACCGUGGCAUUGCACCUUCGUAUGUAUAUCGACAACUGAGCGAACUUUACCAUCCAUUGUCAUAUGAUCUUUAAAAUUAAAGAAAACUCAAUUGAAGAAUUGUUACUCAUUUAUUUGUUGAGCUAAACUAAAGUGAAGUGGUUUUCUAUUAAUUGUAUAACUUUUAAUAUUCUUUUCAUAUAGCCACUUGUUUUUAUCCAUUAAUGGCUAAAGAUACACGUCUUACUAGAAAAAUUGUAAAAGAAAUGAUGAGUAAUCUAUGUAACUAUGUAAAUUUGCUUCAGCACAUUUUCCAUUAUGUUCAACUGCUAUCCAACAUUUACCUAAAUCAUUUUUUAUUUGAUGAGAAUUUAAGACAGUUAUCCAUUGUAAAUUUACUUGGAUAGAAGUGCUUGAGAUUUUGGUGAGUUUUACCCAAGCACAAACAAGGUUGUACCAAUUUUUAGGUUGAAAUUAUACACAGGGAAAAAUC